AUGCAGCUCUUCGCACACUCUCAGGCCCCCGUGGUUUCUGCCGCAACUGCCUCCAACGUCGAUGAGCAGCUUGUCAAUUUCUUUAGCCCCAGUACCUUGGACAAUUCCUCGCAGCAUUCGCCAGACAUGACAAACAGUCGCAGAGAAUCCUUUGCUACGGGACCGCCGCUCUUCUCCCCCAAAGCCGAGGACUGGCACUCUGUCGAUAUGCAGUCUAUUCCCUCGAAUAAUCCCUAUGCCGACCACCACGAACCCGCGGCAUACCUGCGAAUGGACCACGACAGUAGCCAUGGCUUCGCCGCGCCCUCGACUAGCUCAUGGGGCAUGGCAGCCCAAACUCCCCUACCACAAUUUGACCCUGCCGUCGCCGCUGGUUUUGAAGUCCCGGCCACCAUCUACCAAAAUGCUGCUCAUGCCCCCAUGCCCUUCCCCAGCAUCUUCGGCCCCAUGCCCACCGAAUCCAAGCACGAGCACGUCUCUCCAAAGAAUGACUGGACCUCUACUUCUCAGCCCAUGCAUCAGACCACUGCAGCCGCCGCUUCUGCUCCUGAUACCGAUCAGCUUGCCUCCCACGGCGACCUGCGUCGCGAUGGUGUCCGCAAGAGGAAUGCGCGCUUUGAGAUCCCUCCUGAUCACAACCUGAACAACAUUGACCAACUCAUUGCCGAAUCUACCAAUGAGCUGGAAGUCAAGGAACUCAAGCAACAAAAACGUCUUUUGCGCAACCGUCAAGCCGCCCUGGAUUCUCGGCAGCGCAAGAAGCAGCAUACUGAGCGGCUAGAGGACGAAAAGAAGCAGUAUACGGCAACUAUCGGAGAGCUGGACAUGGAAAUGAACUCGGUACGACUGCAACUGGAGGAGUCUCGCCGCGAGUGUCAAAUGUAUAUGCAAUACUGCGAAACUCUUACCCUUCAAAAGGAAGAGAUGAUCCGCAAUCACACCAUCGAGUCGCGAGAGCUGCGCAAAAAGGUCAGUGUGCUCACCGAAAACAUUGCUGCCCUCGAGAGCAACUCUGUGCCCACACCGGGUCCCAGUGGUACCACCAUCAACGGACCCUUUGGUGAAGUUGACAGCAUGUGUAUGCCUGGCGGAUGGGAUAAUUCCAACUUCCUUCCGCAGUAUGGCAUGAUGCCCGAGCUCCCGAAGCAGAGCAUGCAGCCAUCUGUAGCCAAAAAGGCCCACUCGGGCUCCUCUGCCGAAGCCGAGAAGACGGCCACUCAAGGUGGCCUGCUAUUCAUGCUUUUCCUUGUUGGCGCCUUUGUCAUGUCAAGUCCUUCCCCACCUGCCAUCCCCCGCGUUUCUGAAGAUGUCCGGUCCGCCUCACAAGCACUGCUCGACAAUGUUCUCAAGGAAGCUGGCAUGCCCUCAUCUACUGCCGCCAUCCAGCCCCUCCACUCUUCCGCCAGCUGGGGUGAUAUGUCCAAUAGUGUUUCUAUGGCCGGUGUUUCGACUGACGGAGUGGCUGCUCCGAUGCUCGGCGAGCUAAAUGACUUCAUUCAGCCCAGUCGCGAGCAGACCAACGAGCAGGCCUUUUCCAUGUCUGCGGCACAGUACAAUGGUGUGAGCGACCAAUCCUUCAUGCAGAAUGGGCACCCGGACAGAGUGUCUGAGCAGAGCCAGGGUCGCAAGAAUCUGGCUGCCGCACUCGCCGAGAUUCGCGCAACCAACAAGCAAUCCGGAUCUGCUGACGUAUACACACGCACGCUUCUCUGGGAUCAAAUUCCACGAGAUGUCGUGCGAGACUUUAUAAAGAUGUUUGCGGAAAACAAUGCCGCACAGAUUGACCCGCAGCAAUGCAACGAAAUUAUGUCCUGA